AUGGCUGGCUGUUCCUCUAUGACAUGGAUGGUUGCGGAGAAGGUCUCAUGGUACUGCGCGCUGCUCUUGAUUCUCUUGCUCGUUUCCAACUGCUGUGAUCCGGACGAGGCCGCCGCGCCGAUUCGGAGGUAUCUGCCGGUGAACGACCGGCCCUGCGACGAGAUAUACGUGGUCGGAGAAGGAGAGACGCUUCAGACGAUCAUCGACAAGUGUGGCGACCCGUUCGUACUCGAGGAGAAUCCUCACGUCCAAGACUUCGAUGAUGUAUUCCCAGGUCUUGUCAUCAAGAUCACUCCCUUCACUGGAAACUAG